AUGCAACGAUUCUGGAUCAUCGAAGAGGCAGAUUCAGCUCCCUGUAUGUCGGUGGAAGAAGCAGCCUGCGAAAAGCACUUUUCGCAGAACAUUCAACGCACUCCAGAAGGUCGAUACAUCGUUCGAUUGCCGUUUAAGGAACCUGUUUCCAGCGUAGGCGACAAUCGCAGCAUAGCACAACGUCGAUUCCGGAUGGUCGAGUCUCGCUUGCAACGGGACACUAAUCUACAGGCUCAGUAUCACGACUUCAUGGCCGAAUACGUCACCUUAGGGCACAUGCAGCGAGUAGACACUUCUACUCCACCUACCCAGCAGUAUUACCUUCCUCAUCAUGCGGUGAUUCGCGAAGAUAGCUCGACUACCAAGGUGCGAGUCGUCUUCGAUGCUUCGUGCAAGUCAGGAUCUGGCAAAUCGCUCAACGACGUGCUCAUGGUCGGGGCAGUCAUCCAAGACGACCUUCGUUCCAUCAUCCUGAGAACCAGAAUCAAUCCCGUUUUGCUCAUCGCUGACAUCCAAAAAAUGUACCGUCAAAUCCUGGUCGACGAACGAGACACCCCUCUCCAACGGAUUCUUUGGCGAAGUUCACCGGACGAGCCUGUCAGCACGUUUGAGCUGAAAACGGUCACCUACGGCACAGCUAGUGCACCAUUCCUGGCCACCAGAACCCUACAACAACUGGCAGACGACGAAAAAGCGGAUUUUCCUUUGGGCGCGGCGAUUCUGAAGAGAGAUGUGUACGUAGACGACCUGGUUACUAGCGGAAGGACUCCUGAAGAACUGACGGAAGUACGGAAUCAACUUGACCAAUUGUGCCGACGAGGAGGUUUUGAAUUCCGGAAAUUUGCGUCGAAUAUCGAGUCCGUUCUUGAUGGCAUUCCUUCCGAGCGACGUGCGCUUCAAUCAUCAGUCGAGCUCGCAGCUGAUCAAACCAUCAAAACCUUGGGCUUGCACUGGGAACCAGCUUCGGAUCACUUCCGGUUCCAAAUUCGGUUACCUGAACACUCUCAAGACGCGGUUCUCUGCAAAAGGUUGGCCCUCUCACAAAUCGCCCAGCUGUUCGACCCGUUGGGAUUGGUAGGCCCUGUCAUCGUUACUGCAAAAAUGUUUAUGCAGACUCUGUGGAGUCUGAACUCCGACGACGGCAAGCCAUGGGGAUGGGAUCAGCCACUACCACCAUCUCUGACCACGUAUUGGCAAAACUACUAUGCGCAAUUACCUGUCCUUGAUCAGCUUCGAAUCCCACGAUGCGUCGUGCUUCCAGAAUUUGAAUCCAACCAGCUGUUUUCUGACGCUUCAGAAAACGCCUACGGGGCCUGUGCCUACUUCCGAUCAAAGGACUUAUCAGGUUCUAUUUCCGUCGGCCUUCUCACGGCCAAAUCCAAAGUCGCUCCUUUGAAAAAACGUAGCAUUCCCCGGCUUGAACUUUGUGGGGCUCUCGAGGCUGCCCAAUUGUAUCAAAAAAUCUCCUCAAUCUUCGGAAAGAAGUUCGAAACCUUCUUCUGGGUCGACUCAACCACGGUGCUCGCCUGGCUGAAGGCGACUCCCUCAGUUUGGACCACUUUCGUGGCCAAUCGGGUUUCAAAAAUCCAGCUUGCAACAGUCGGCGCUUCCUGGAAUCACGUAGCUGGUCAAGAGAACCCUGCUGAUCAUUUGUCUCGAGGAAUUGACGCCAAAACGCUGAUCUCUUGUAAACUGUGGUGGAAUGGACCAAAUUGGCUUCGGUCCGAUGACUUUUUGCAGCUGACAUCGCCAUCAAGCAUCUCCUUCGAGACCCAUCUAGAAUUCCGCACAUCCAAACCGGUCGGCCUAACCGCCUCAGCAGACAGUUCCUUCAUCGAUACCUUUGUUGGCCGAUUCUCGAAGUACCAAACCAUGCUGCGCGUCACAGCAUUCUGCCUCAGGUUGUCACGCAAGUCUAGAAGCGCAGAAGCCAGAAAAAGAUCCUUCCUCUCAGCGACAGAAAUUCGCGAUGCCGAAAAUGCCCUCAUACGACUUGUGCAAGCUCAAGAGUUUUCCGAGCACGUAGCAGCUCUUCAAGCAUCGAAGCCAGCUCCAAUCAGGUCCCAACUCCGAUGGUUUACUCCGUUCCUGGAUGCAGAUCGCCUGAUGCGUGUUGGAGGACGAAUCGACAAAUCAGCGCUAAAUUACGACGCCAAGCACCAAAUUCUUCUUCCGUACAAUCAUCGAUUCUCCGCCCUGUUAGUGGAGUGCUUACACGAAAGGCAUUUGCACGCAGCACCUCAAUUGCUGCUUGGAAUCCUUCGAUUACGGUACUGGAUCACAGGGGCCAGAAAGCUGGCCAAAACAGUAGUUCAUCGCUGCAUAAUAUGCGUCCGAGCUCGCCCUAAAUUGGUUGAACAAUUUAUGGCAGAGCUACCAAAGGAACGCGUCGUUGCUGCCCGACCAUUUUCGGUUUCCGGUGUCGAUUAUUGGGGCCCGAUCCUGCUCAAACCUCCUCAUCGUCGAUCAGCCCCAAUCAAGGCAUUUGUAGCGGUGUUCGUCUGCUUUACUACGAAGGCUGUGCAUAUCGAACUCGUUUUCGAUUUGACGACAGCCAAAUUCAUCCAGGCUCUUCGUCGCUUCGUGUCUCGCCGAGGGCCACCAUCAGACAUCUACAGCGACAACGGGAGAAACUUUCUUGGUGCCAGCAAUGAAUUGCGAAAACUGCUGCGCUCGUCCGACCACGCACAAGGAGUUGCUGCCGAAUGCUCCGAUUCCAACAUCAGGUGGCAUUUUAAUCCGCCACGAGCAUCUCAUUUCGGCGGAUUAUGGGAAUCCGCAAUUAAUUCCGCCCAAAAACAUUUCCUUCGAGUCGUCCGUGAUCGUCCGUUGGCCUACGACGAUAUGGACACAUUAUUGUGCCAGAUAGAGUGCUGCCUCAACUCUCGCCCGAUUACUCCACUGAGCGACGAUCCGACGGAUUUCGAGCCGCUUACUCCAGGGCAUUUUCUAGUGGGCACCUCCCUAAAAUCCGUUCCAGAUGACAACUUCAACGACAUCCCAUCAAAUUAUCUUCGAAAGUGGCAGCAAACUCAAAAGCUGCUGCAGGACAUCUGGCGUCGAUGGCACCUGGAAUAUUUGUCAUCAUUAGUACAAAGAUCAAAGUGGUUUAACUCACCUGUGGCACUGAAAGAGAACCAGCUCGUCCUUCUCAAGGAGGAUGGGAUUCCACCAAUUCGCUGGCCAACGGCCAGAAUCUCCAAAUUGCAUCCAGGGACUGAUGGCAUCACGAGAGUCGUCACUCUGCAGACCCCUAAAGGCUCUUGUACCCGUCCGGUGGCGAAAGUUUGCCUUUUGCCCAUUGCAUCAUCGUCGGAGGAAACUAAAAAACCGCCCGCCGCUGACCAAUAA